CAAAUCCACUACCAAGUACUUAAUCACAUCUCAUCCUCCAUCCACUGAUUAUAACUGUUAUCAUCCAGAACAAACUCAUGUCUGCUGCUACAGCAGCAGUUCUCAUGGCAUUUCUCCUUGCCAUUACCUGCCUCUGGACCUUCCCUCAAGUUGCCAAUGCAGGGGUCACUAGGCACUACAAGUUCAACAUAGAACUGAAGAACAUCACAAGGUUGUGCCACACUAAGAGCAUUGUAACAGUGAAUGGAAAGUUCCCUGGACCUCGGGUUAUCGCUAGAGAAGGCGAUCGCCUUGUGGUGAAAGUUGUCAAUCAUGUUUCCAAUAACAUCAGCAUCCAUUGGCAUGGAAUUCGACAGCUAAGGAGUGGAUGGGCUGAUGGCCCAUCUUAUGUGACACAGUGUCCCAUCCAGACCAACCAAACAUAUGUCUACAACUUCACCAUUACAGGACAAAGAGGAACAUUAUUCUGGCAUGCUCAUAUUACCUGGAUGAGAGCCACUGUCUAUGGCCCUCUUAUCAUCCUCCCUAAACCCAAUCAACCUUACCCUUUCCCCAAACCGUACAAGCAAGUCCCUAUCAUGUUUGGUGAGUGGUUCAAUGCUGAUCCUGAGGCAGUCAUUAGUCAGGCUCUUCAGACUGGGGGAGGUCCAAAUGUCUCUGAUGCAUACACUCUUAAUGGUCUCCCAGGCCCCUUGUACAACUGUUCUGCUAAGGACACAUACAAGCUGAAGGUGAAGCCCGGGAAGACAUACCUCUUACGGCUGAUCAAUGCUGCACUCAAUGACGAUCUCUUCUUCAGCAUUGCUAACCACACCUUCACUGUAGUUGAAGCUGAUGCAGGCUAUGUCAAGCCUUUCAACACCCGUGUCUUGCUAAUCACGCCAGGCCAAACCACUAAUGUCCUCCUAAAGACUAAGCCGGUCUCCCCCAAUGCAACAUUCUACAUGCUAGCUAGACCAUACUUCACAGGCCAAGGCACAUUUGACAACACAACCAUUGCUGGGAUACUUGAGUAUGAAGAAACCCAAAACCUUACUACUACUCCCGUGUUCACUCCGGUCCUCCCAGCCAUCAAUGCCACAAACGUCGUUGCCAAUUUCUCAAGCAAAUUCAGGGCAUUGGCCACUGCCCAAUUCCCAGUCACUGUCCCUCAAACCGUGGACCGGACCUUCUUGUUCACGGUAGGUCUAGGGAUCAGCCCUUGUGGGAAUAAUAAAACUAACAACCAGACAUGCCAAGGCCCUAAUGGCACAAGAUUUGCAGCAUCAAUGAACAACAUCUCCAUGCCACUCCCUUCCACAGCACUUCUUCAGGCCUACUAUACCAAGAAAUCCAAUGGUGUGUUCACCACUGAUUUCCCUAUAACCCCCUUGAACCCAUUCAACUACACAGGCACUCCACCGAAUAAUACAUUUGUGGCAAAUGGGACCAAAGCCGUGGUGCUGCCCUUCAACACGACCGUGGAGGUCGUGCUGCAAGGCACCAGCAUCCUUGGUGCUGAGAGCCACCCUAUCCAUCUCCAUGGAUACAAUUUCUACAUAGUGGGACAAGGGUUUGGUAACUUUGAUCCAAGCAAGGACCCUAAGAGUUACAACCUAGUUGAUCCUGUUGAGAGGAACACAGUUGGUGUGCCCACUGCUGGUUGGGUUGCGAUCCGGUUUCGAGCAGAUAAUCCAGGGGUGUGGCUGAUGCACUGCCACUUUGAUGUUCAUCUGAGCUGGGGAUUGAGGAUGGCAUGGGUUGUAAUGGAUGGGAAGCUUCCACAUCAGAAGUUGCUUCCUCCACCAUCUGAUCUUCCCAAGUGCUGAUCAUGAUUCAUCAUGAAUAGAUGUGGGGGAGAAAGAAAGAAAAAAAAAAGAUUCUUUUGCUGUUCUUUUUAUACAAUAUAUCCUCCAAUUUUGUGGGUCUGUUUUAAGUUAACUUAUACUAUACUACUACUGCUGCUAUGUGGGUUUUUUGUUUGUUUGUUUGUAAUUUUUGGUGUCUGCAACAAGUUGUUCCUGGCUAGCCUUAGCACAGACAGGCAAGGCAUGGCAGAGGGAGGGCAAUAAUUGUUUGCUUUUGUUUCUGCUGGAUCGGCUUUCUCUAAAUUCCCCUUCUAGAAACUGUGACAAGGCCAUUGUAGUUGAGUGAGUGAGGAUGAUGAGUCUUUGUUUGUACAAUAAAAAGAGUUGCAAAUUUCAUAUCUACACAUUACAAGGUGGAAGUUUUCUUAUUUUUCUUAACCACUGCAGCGCUUGUUACUUCAAAAGUUUGAUCUAAUUUUGACUUUGUACCAAGGGGGACAGAUCUCUCACCUAAGAAGGUAAUUUCCGGAAUAGGAACAACCAGAUACACGAAUAUUCCGACCUUUGCAGGCCUAUUACUAAAUAGCAGUGUUAUUAAAGUCGAGCCGCUCGGCCCGACCGGUAAAACCGCCACCCGAUCACAAAACCGGCUCGGAACAGUUUAAAAGCCGCUCCGGUUUUAUGUAGCGGUUGGCGAGUGGCCGAGGCGGUUAGCCGUUCGAGCCGAUCGAGCCGCUCGUCCGGUUUUUACCAUUCAGCCACUAAAUUUAAAUAAAAAAAUUGUAGAAAAUUGAAAAUUGAAAUAAACCAAAAACGUCGGGCUCUCAAAUUGAAUCCUUAUUUCCAUUUCACAAUUUCGAAGGAAAGAGAUGAGCUAUGAUUAAGAAAUGUCCACUAUUUAUACUGAUAACGUUUAUUAGAUACCGGUUCUCUAACGGUUUUUAAACGGUCUAAUGCCGAUUGGACCGCUAAAGUGCGAGCCGUUCGCAUUACCGGGUCAUGCUCCGGUUCGGUUCUGACAACAUUGCUAAAUAGAAAGUAGAAAUGGAUGUUGGUCAUGAACCAAAGAUGCCACUAUAUGAAUUGAUUCCAUGCUAAAUAUCAUUAAGUGUUAUCCAAGUACUUACAAUUUACUUUCUUUUUUAAAACAUGUAAAUUAAAAAACAACUAUUUAAAAUAUCUACAAUCUACUUAUAAACCAUAAUGUACAUGUUUUCCUAUCAUGAUUGAUAUCUUGGCACAUAUAUGUAAGAUUAUCAUUAUCCCAUUACAUAGUCAAUAAAUUCUUGAAAUCGAAGAAUGAACCAUCUUGUAUAUGUAUGAUAUAUGUAACUUCUUUCUAUACAUUGAUCGUGAGAAUGUAUUGUUUUCAUGGCUCACCCCUUUAUGUACAUCCAUGUUUGGAAUCAAAUAAUGAUGUAUUUGUACUUAUAUAAUAGAUGAUAGUAAAAAAAAUUAAUAAACAAGAAACACUAUUCUCCCAUAUUCUCUUAUGUUUUUUCUUCUUUCUAUUGAUUACUUGUGUCUGUUCAUCUUCACCAUCAUAUUUUACUAGCAUGGACCCGACCAUUUGGCCGGAACAUUUAGCUCCAUUAUUUGUUAAAUUAUCUCAACUAAGAUUUUUAUUUAGCAUUGUUGAUUGUUAUUCUAUUAUAGUUUGAUACAUAGCAUUCAUUGACAAAAUUAAUUUUCUUUAUUUUAUGAGGUGUUUCUCGGUCAUAAUAUUCAACAUUCUUAUUAAACUCUUUGUAGUUGG